GUGGGACAAAAAGCCUAUUCGCUAACCCUACCCACCGAAUUUGUGAAGGCGACAUUUCAGCAUGUAAACAGCUCCAAAAAGCGGCGCGACUGACAGCCGAUGACAGCCAGCUGAUAUUUUGACAGUCUAUUUAUAGCAUGGUUUACUUCCACCGAAGGGUACAAAUGGAGUAUGGGCAGACCGCACAAUUAUGCACGAGGCGGCAUCCUUGGGUCGAGUGUUGCAACUGAAACAACUGAUCGACAGCGGAAGCAAUAUCAAUAUAUUGACGGUGGAUAACAUCACGCCGCUUCACGAUGCGUGCAUGCACGGGAAUUCGCAUUGCGUGCGUCUACUGCUACAGGCUGGUGCGCAGAUUGAAGUAAGGAACAUCCAUGGUAGUACGGCCCUGUGUCACGCGUGUGCAGGAGGCAAUGUGGAGUGUGUGAGGUUGCUGCUGGACUAUGGAGCUGAGGUCAACCCAACACUUACUGCCCUCACAUCCACACCCCUACACGAGGCCUGCAGUAGAGGAAAUGUUGAGUGUGUGAAGCUGCUCAUCUCCAAAGGAGCUCUGCUGGAGACCUAUGAUGUCCACUUCGGCACACCACUACAUUUAGCCUGUGCCAAGGGACACACAAAGUGUGCACGCGAGCUACUCAAUGCAGGAGCCAACGUGAACGGCAAGAGCUUCCACAACACAGCGCUGCACCACGCUGCUGAGUCUGGAUCUGCGGACCUCAUCGAGUUACUGGUUGAGUUCGGGGGCGAUAUCAACGCCAGUGACAACCUGAACAAGAGACCCCUGGACUACACCCCCCCAGAGUCCCAGGCCCACCUGGCCCUGCUCCACUUCCACAACUGCCCUUUAUCUCUGCAGCAGAUAUGUAGGAUCCGUGUGAGGAGCAUUUUGGCCACCAGAGCUCUGAUGAUCCUGACCCAGCUCAACUUGUGUCCGCGCAUUUUGAACUAUCUCUGCUAUGACUGACUGCCACACACACAAACACACACACACACACACACACACACACACACACACACACACACACACACAC